GAGUGAGGGAGAGAGAAAACCGGGUGAAGAUGAGAGAAGCCCCAAUCUGUCUAUGGAGAGAUAUAUCUGUGGGUGACCUGGAGAGGCUGGAGCAUGCUCAGAGCAGCGGGGAACUCUGCAGAGUUCUCUCUGAUUGGCUGACUGCAGGGAGCCCCCCAGGUGACCUUCGCUCCUCUGCUCUAUUAGAUCUGUAUUAUCACGCUUUGCGGUUUUGCUGGGACAGCGGCUUCACCAGGGAGCAGACGUCAUGUGUCUUUUCCAUCGUGAAGGAGACGCACGCGGCAUGUGUAGGAUCACCCCUGGGGAAUGUUGCUGAGUGUCAUGGCCUCCUUCAGUUGCUGCUCCUCCGCCAUGCUGUACUGCGUCCUCCCUUCAGCAGCGAGUUCUUCUCCCCGCAGCAGCUCCUGCUCAUAUCGCACUAUAUGGUAGAGACUUAUUUCCGCCAUUUCAAGCUGUAUAAAUACGUGUUCACUCCUCAGGUUAAUUUAGAUCUCUCCAUUCUGUAUGAUGGAAUCUCUGAGACAGAUGAGACGAGGACGACUGAAGAAGCUGUGGAUAAGGAGAUUGAAGACUAUAAGGAGCCUGAUCCAGAUGGCAUCACAUGUGGCCCAGGGUGGGAGUUCUGCUCCGGGGGAUCUUCUUACUUAAAUGGGCGCUGCUAUUACUCUCCUUAUGGGAGAUUCUGAGCAGCAGAUGAGGCCGGACGAGGACCCCGCCGGCUGAAAGGGAACGUUCUGAGCUCAAGGCAGGGGCCAUGUAGCGUCACCACUGAGAUGCCUGUCAUAUGGAACCACAAUAAAUCUCCCCCCUACACAGUCACCGCUAUCACUGAGACAUCUGCCAUAUGGAAGCACAAUAAAUCUCCCCCCGCUCCUUCUGUAUAAUGUCUUUAUUAUAU